GUCACUUCCAUAUCGACAGCCACAACUGGCAAAAUGAAAAACUUGCAUUGGAAAUACAUUUGCCUGUUGUGCCACCUGUUCGCCGUUGCUGGAUCAUUCGUCAUUCCUUCUGAUGAAUCGGAAGUGGAUUGCACGGUAAAUGGCACCAUGGCCAUGUGUCCCAGCCCCUGUCCGGAGACCUGUGAAUUUCUGAGCGAGCACUGUACGGUCGAGUGCGGGGGACCGUGUGUGUGCAAGGAGGGUUACAUUAUCAAUGGCAAUCUCAAGAGCUGUGUCCUAAAAGCAGAUUGUCCGGCCGAACUAAAGCAAACCAAGAUACGAUUGCACUAUCCCGUGAAUAUCAAAUUUUUUGGAUCAUAUCUAAUCCACAACGAUACUACGGACUAUAAAAGAUGGGAAGUGCGAACACCCUCGCUUUGAUGCCCUCCAAUUUGAAUGAA